AUGUCGUCGGAGGAGGCAAGUGUGAAGGAGAACUCCGCCGAGGAAGCCGCGGAGCAGAUCUUAGGGAGUGACUAUGCCCUUUGCAGAGUACCGCGCCAUGCUCGGUACUCCUGGCCCUCCAUGGCACUGGAGCAGAUGGCGCAGGGCGGGUGCAUCGCGAAUGUGGUGAUCGGAGCUCAAAUAGGACAUAAGAUGACUUCCACUGAUGCCCUGUUGGCUGUUCUCCUCGGUAACCUCAUACUGGCUUUGAUGGGCCUGGCACUUGGUAUGAUCGGCUGCAGAGAAGGCAUGACUACGAGCAUGCUGGGGCGCUGGACAGGUCUUGGUGUGGUCGGCACCGGGCUACUGAGCCUCAUCACGACAGGCAGCCUCUUGGGUUGGUUUGGGAUCCAAGCCGCGAUCGCCGGAGACGGCUUGGAGGCAAUCGGCCGCUUGGGCUACGCCUGGACUUGGACUCUGGUGAACGGAGCGCUGGUGACGUUUAUCGUCGUGUUCGGCUUUCGCUGGAUGGUUGGCGCAUCAUGGAUCACAGGACCCAUCUUCUUGCUCGUGGUUAUCUGGGCAUGCAUCGUGUCCCUGCGAGAUUCCGGCCACGAGAAGCACGACGUCGAGCUUUCGGAGCUCUCUCUGCUGCAUGGAACCGGGGUUGUUGUGGGUGGAUGGGUUGUGGGCACGACGAUCGCGUCGGACGUCUUCCGAUUUGCUCGGUCGAAGCGUCAGGCUGCCUCACUUGUUGCCCUGCCUCGCAGCUGUUCCCUGGCAGUCUACAUGGUCGCCGGAGUCUUGCUUUCGCAAGCAUACGGGACGGACGAUGUCAUCACCAUCAUGCACGAGUCUGUCGGUCUCGGAGCUGUCGUAGUCGUCGUGGCCGGAGAGAUGGUCAUUAACUGCGCGAACAUUUAUUCCGCGAUGCUUGGUCGUUUUACUUUUUUACUUCAGGAAGUAUUUUGUGUGUCGAUGAAAAGGCUUAAAGAUUAG